AGCAUCCGUCCCUCCAGCUCAGCCUGUUAUCCUGCAAGUUGAUCAUUACUGAAACACCUAUAGAAGAAGAAGAAAUGAUGAGUUUCUUGUGGUUCCUUAUCAUGCUGUUUGUUUGGUCAGGCCUAAAGGCAAAGGAUCUCAGUACAGAAAAAACAAGAAUUGGGAGAGCUGGAGAAGAUAUCACUAUUCUGUGCAACUAUGACAGAACCAGAUUUGCAUUCUACGAUAAAUUUUGGUGCCGCGGUGAAUGGAAAAGUAAUUGUGAAGUUCUUUGUGAGAGUAAAUCAUCAGUAAAUAAAUGCCAUGACAAGCGAAUGAGUAUUGCAGAUAACAAAAAUGGAAAACUUGUCAUAACUAUGAGAAACCUUGUACUAGAAGAUGGAGGAACUUACUGGUGUGGAAUUAAAAAAACAUAUGGGAAUCCUAUGAUAUUGGUAAAUCUUCAAAUCGUGGAUGAUGAGAAGCAAUACAAUUGUUCCUUCAGCACCUCUGCUGCAACCACUGCUACAACUACUCACGUUGCAGUUACCUCAGAGACUACUACCCAGUGUUCAUCUGACUUUAUUUCAAGACUUUUCAGCAAUGAAUGGAAUCAUUGGCGAUGGAUUUUCUUUCUGGUGAUGACUUUUACUCUAUUACUGAUCUGUGUAGUCUUAAAAAGUAAAUUUGAAGCAUCACCCAGACAGGAUACUUCCUUUCCUCUCAUGAUGAUAAUGAGAGAUCACAUGCCUCUUCUUCACAGCAAAAAUGUUAUAACAUGAACAGAGUUGAGAAAAAGACCUUAAUCCUAACUUCUACA